CUGUGCCCGGCGUGGUUAGCUCCUCCGAGUACAGAUAAAUAGUCCUGUCAAAAGGCAGAGCUCGCAAUCUUGCGUGCGGAGCCCGGAUCUUGGCGCCGACUCCUGGGCCUCGCUCUCCGGGGUCAGCAGCGGGGCGCUCGCUGUCGCCGCCCCCCUCGCUCUCGGGCCACUGCUCGGCGCUUCCCUUUUGGAGCUCUCCCUGGCCCCCACCUCUGCCUGGGAGGGGAAGGCGGAGACUGUGAGACUGGCCCGGGCGGAGGAAUGCGGACGCGCGUGGGCGCGAGGGACGAAGAGAUGUCCACGGGCUCGGUGAGUGACCCCGAAGACAUGGAGCUGCGGGGACUGCAGCGCGGGUACCCGGUCCCCGCCUCCUCCAAGAGGCAGCCUCUCCGCGGCGCAGAGCGCAGCUACGCCUCGCCCAGUGACAACUCUUCCGCGGAGGAGGAGGACCCCGACGGCGAGGAGGAGCGGUUCGCCCUGAGCGCAGCCCGCGACCUGGGAGGCUGCAAGAAGAAGCGGCCCCGUGUGGCUGGGGGCGGCUGCGCAGGUGGCGGGGCAGGCUGUAGUAAAAAGCCUCUCUUGCCCAAGGGCUCGGCCGCGGAGUGCAAGCAGUCACAGCGGAACGCGGCCAACGCCCGCGAGCGCGCCCGGAUGCGUGUCCUGAGCAAAGCCUUCUCCAGGCUGAAGACCAGCCUUCCUUGGGUACCUCCCGACACUAAGCUCUCCAAACUGGACACACUGCGGCUGGCUUCCAGUUACAUCGCACACCUGCGGCAGCUGCUGCAGGAGGACCGCUACGAAAACGGCUUUGUGCACCCAGUGAACCUGACGUGGCCAUUCGUGGUCUCAGGACGACCCGACUCUGAUACCAAAGACGUUUCCGCAGCAAACAGAUUAUGUGGAACCACUGCUUAGAUAGGAUUCGGACUCACUUGAUGGGAUUAUUUGUUAAACCAAAGUGUUGAGGGCCAAGGAGAGAGUGAAUACCAGGGAUGGGCAGAAAGUUCCACUGGAUUCUCCUGGGCCCUCUCUUUCCCCGGAAUUGCGAGCUGGACGGUGGAGGUGCAAAGAGUCUGGGCCUGGACGCCAGGAAGAGCCUCUGUGUGGAGAGCAGUGCAAACCCAGAUUCCACCUGGAUCUUCAGCGCUGUACCCCAGGCUACCAUCUGAGCCAGCCAGUGCCACUUCACCUAGACCCUAGGGUUAGGGUUAGUUUCCAGCAGAGUCAGAUCUAUCGCCUAUGUCAGCACAGAUUUCCCCACAGUCCAGGCCUCACAGCCCCGUUAGAAAAUAGAGCUCUCUACUGACCCUCUUUAAAGAGAGCGUCUUGGUGUGAGGUCCACUUCGGGGCAUGUCUUAAGUUACAAAGAAAGGAAAGUGACAUAUCUGGGCCAGUUUUCUAUCCAGACAGCCAGCACUCUCCAAGCUGAAUGCUGGAGACACAGGAGAAGGCACAAUUCAGAGACUGGCUCAGGCUGGGCUUGCCUUCUGCUCUCUUGCUGUGUCUGACUGGCUACUCUCCUCAAGCUGGGAUCUUCUUUCAGAGCUCCCUCCUUUCUGUCAUCACCUUGGGUCCACUCUUUCCCCUUUUAGGCUCCAGUCUCCCCAUCCUCACUGUCCUAAUUUCCUGGCUCCUCUCCCUGGGGCCUCCUUAUCAUCUGCUGAGGCUGCUAACUGCAAUUCCCCCUCUGGGAUUCCAAAUUUCCCUGGACAGGCUUUGCAGCUCCAAGCUCCGCAGCCGUUCCCCAACAAAGUCUUAGGUAUUCACUUUCUUUCAGGUGCUCAAGUUCUUCCCGCACCCCCUGGCACCCCACAGGCAGUUGGAGCUAUUGGCUACCCAGUGACCUUACUCACAGUGCUUCCGGGCAACACGCUGCUGAGGCUUCACUUCCACAGA